AUGGAAGAAAGCGCGGUAUUUUGUUCUAUAUGUUUGGAGCAUGUAAGCUGGCCAAAAGCACGACCCAAGAUAUGCAAGCACACUUUUUGUUAUCAUUGCAUAAGUACAUGGGUAAAGAGGCGAUCGGAAUGUCCGUUGUGUAAGAGACCAUGUAAAAUAUUGAUGGUAAUAAGCCAGGACGGUAAAGAAUAUAAGACAUCUGUUAAGCGAAAAACUUCUGCUCAGUAUCAGAGAGAGACUGAUGAAGAGCAUUAUCUAUUUCAAGAAACGGAGGAUAUAACAGUGACAUAUGCUAGAUGUCAAGUGUGCAACUUAUCGAAAGACGAGCAUUUACUAUUGCUUUGCGACGGAAUUAUUGGACAGAAUGUAGACGGAAGCUCAGUUCGCUGUAAUGCUGCGUGUCAUUGUUACUGUUUACCAGAAAAAUUUGACAGUGUACCAGACGGAGACUGGUUUUGCCCUUUCUGUACUGACGUGAGAGCUACGCAAGAAUCAGUGUACAACGGUCGCUAUGCACGACGAAAAUGCCGAUCGUCAUCAAAUCACCAACAGUAUAUGGAUUUCAGAGAUUCUGGAGUCUUAAAUGAGGACCAGCCGGGACCGAGCAGAAUAAGUGAAAGCUUUCAGUUGAGAAGAUAUAUAGAUGUUUUCAUUAGCGAUGAAAUUUUAACGGAAUCGAGCUCCGACAGUGUUAAGAGCGGUGCGAGCGAUGAUGGGAUGGAAAACGAUUCGGAUUUUUCGCUUAAUUCCUCCAAAGAUGUCAGUGACAUACGAAUGAUUGCAGAUGAUGAUGCUGACUGGGACAAUCAAGACGAUAUGGUUUUGGCAACAGAUUCAGAUAUAGGUUAUGAUCCUGCUGGAAUGACUAAAGUAACGCAACGGAAAAGACAUAAGCAUCGAAGAAGGAUGAAAAAAAUUUUAAAAAAAGCAAAAAAAAGGAAAGAUAUACGAAAAAAAAGUGUGAAACAUCGUGGUCAAAAAGGGAAUGUUUCUGAAAAAAUUGUUAGGAGAAAAAACAAGCGAAGGAAGAACAUGCGGAAAAACAAGAGUAUGACUGGAGCUCAGAAACGUCUGGCUGAAGCUAUAGGUUUGGAUCUUUUGACUGGUCGACAAAAAAAACGGGAAAGAAAUGUGCGACAUUCCCUGUCAAAUUGCAUUCUUCGAGGAUCAUGUAAUACACCCAUGCUAUCCAUCAGAAGCGGAGAUGACUUAGAUGUACCGAUCGAAACGCGGAAUCUGCAAUCGACAGAACAUCUCAACGAUAAAACAUCCAAUGAGAAGCCAAUAGAAGAAACAGAUUUAAUCACUUCAAUUAUGUUGGAACAAGCAAAGACUUUGGCACCUGCUCGAUAUCAGCGCAUCUUACGUGACGGUACAAUCAGUGAAAGUGAGCAAAUGAUCAAGCAGAGAAAAAAAUUAGUUGACGAAAAAAUCGUGGCUUAUAAAGAAUUAUUUUCUUCGGAAGGCUUAAAGGUUAGUCUGCCAAUUUAG